AUGCUCACAUUGAAGAAGCGAGGCGACGCCCUCUUGCGCAACGACGAGCGUGAGGAGUUGAUGAUGACCGAUCAAAACAAGGAGAACGGCAACGACGACGAUAAAGACGGCAAGAGCAUGGAUAUCGCUGAGGAGACGUCUGGAUCAUUGUCGGGAGCUGAUACCUGGAACUUUGCCCUCCUGGUCAUAUUAUAUCUCCUUCAGGGUGUGCCUGUGGGGUUGACGUUCGGAAGUAUCCCCUACUUGCUCAAGGCCAAGAUGAGCUACUCUCAGAUCGGUAUCUUUUCGCUGGCCCACUACCCCUACAGUAUGAAGUUCCUCUGGUCGCCUAUUGUCGACGCCGUCUACAACAAGGAUAUUGGCCGCAGAAAGUCAUGGAUCGUUCCAAUUCAGCUCCUCACAGGAUUGAUGUUUCUCUGGCUCGGCAUGCAUAUCGAGGAAUGGAUGGCUCAGGAACAGAUCGCCGUCGGCACUCUUACCGUCGUCUUUUUCAUCUUGAUCUUUUUCUGCGCGACUCAGGAUAUCGCUGUCGACGGCUGGGCUUUGAGCCUGUUGUCGAAGGAGAACUUGUCCUAUGCCUCGACUGCUCAGACGAUCGGACUCAACACUGGAUACUUCUUGUCCUUCACCGUCUUUUUGGCCUUCAACUCGUCUGAAUUCAGCAACAAGUACUUCAGGACGAUCCCUCAGGAUGUUGGGCUGGUUCCUCUGGGAGGCUACCUCAAGUUCUGGGCCAUGAUGUACCUGGCCAUUACUCUCUGGUUGAUUUUUAUGAAGAAAGAGGAGCGCACUCGCUCGGAUGAGGAUGAUAUUGGUAUCAAGGCGGUCUACAAGAUCAUUCUCAAGAUCAUACGGUUACCCCACAUGAAGUCCUUCAUGCUCGUCCUUCUCUCCGCCAAGAUCGGAUUCAUCGCCAACGACGCCGUCACUGCCUUGAAGUUGCUCGAGAAGGGAUUCAGCAAGGAGGACCUGGCCUUGGCCGUCUUGAUCGAUUUCCCCUUCCAGAUCAUUUUCGGAUACUAUGCCGUCCGCUGGAGCUCUGGUGCCCGCCCUCUCAAGCCCUGGCUCUGGGCUUUCUUUGCGCAUUUGGCGUGCUGUGUGAUCGCCAUGCUCUUGGUCUAUGGUUUCCCCGCUGACGGUGUUGUUACCCCUACCUACUUUUACAUGGUCCUCGCCACCACCGUCGCGACCUCCUUUACCAGCACUGUGGCGUUCGUCAGCAUGGGAGCUUUCAUGACCGUAAUCGCCGACCCCGUCAUUGGCGGAACCUACAUGACUCUCUUGAACACCCUCAGCAACUUUGGAGGCACCUGGCCUAGAUUCUUUGUCCUGGAGGCUGUCGAUUACUUUACUGUCUCGACCUGCUCCGUCGUCGACGCCAAGGGCCAAGACUUCUCGUGCGCGGCAGAGCCAGGAAAGACGAUGUGCCAGGAUUUGGCUGGCGAGUGUGUCCUGCAGCAGGACGGCUACUUCAUUGUCAGCUCCAUCUGUGUCCUCCUUGGAUUCAUCUCCCUCAUUUUCUACAUUGCCCCCACCAUCCGUUACCUCGAGUCCCUCAGCCCCAAGAAGUGGAAGCUGGAUCAGAAAUAG